AUGGAUGGCAUAAACAACGUUAGAGAGAAAAUCAAUUCACCAGACUUGUCUCUACUACAAUGUAUUGACCUAUUGCGGAUCCAUUGCUCCAAUAUUGGAUUGCUGCAUGCACUAGUGAAUAGGCUAUACUCAUACCCAUAUGAAGAGGUUGAAUUCUUCAUUCCGCAAUUCGUCCAGCUCUUGGUUAUGUUUGAGACUGACUCAGUAGCCUUAGAAGAGUUUCUACUAGACCACUGUGCAUCAUACCCGCACUUUAGCUUGACUGUGUUUUGGGUCCUACAAGCAUUUCUUUUUGAGUUGCGUAACGAGCCGACAUCAUAUGCUUUCCAGAUUGUUCGGAAUUUGAUCAAUAAACUCCAGGAUAUUUUGUUCAAUUAUGACAUUCCAAGUGUUAAAGAGCCCAAGUUUCGGGAAAACCCAUUGCCUGCAUUAGUUUUGUGUGGAGCAGUGGCUUCGUCAUUUGCCACGCCAUCGUUGAAUAAUUAUAUAUCUAAAAUGAUCAAGUCGCAGGGCAAACAACAGCGGUCGCUUGUAUUCAAGUUGGCAAACUUCCAAAAGACCCUUACAAAGAACUUGACAAUGAAAAACCAAGCAACAUCAACUUUAGAAGCUAUUGGCGAUAACUUGUCAAAGGAAGAUCUCCAAGAGGCUAUACAAAUAUCCUCUUCAUCCUCCUCGCCGGUAUUGAGUGGGAAAGAGAUAUUGGCAAAUAGUCGUCGAUUGGCAAACCAGUAUCUGCUGGAUGAUUCCGAGGAGACAGGCGUUGGUACGGAUGAAGAAGAUACCAGAUCCAAUAGACCUAGAAGUUCAACGCUAAACCAUGCAUUUUCCAUCGCCGAAGAUCAGAUUAAAAUUAAUACUGCAAUUAAAUUGAAGAAACGACGCUCGCUCAAAGCUAUGCAUCUGCAUUCGUCAAUACCUGGUGCAGGUCUUGGCGGUGUCGGUGCUUCUGGUAUUUCUGGUAUUUCUGGGACCUCUGGGACCUCUGGUGCGGCUGCAGCCCUUAAUUCUCAAAGUGGACUUGAUCGUCCUUCGCAGGUUCAAACACAAUCUCUUCCUGAUCUUACACGAAGCAUGUCGCGACCUGAAUUGCCAGUGACCGAGUCUGAAUAUUUGGUAAACCAAGUGAGAUAUUCUGCAGACUCGUACCUGGCGAAGGGUUGGCCACGCAGAGCAGCAAUUGCAAACAAGUCAUACCAGGAAUUACUAAAAAUACUUAGAGUGAACUAUUCGAAAAAGCAAACAGAGUUUAUGAUGUCACUACAGGAUAUCUCGAUGAGGUUAUCUCUGGUACCCAAGGCAGCACGCGUUUCUGCAUUAAGGGCAGAGUUGUCAAUUUUGAACGAUACGAUUUUGCCUUCGGAAAUCGAUAUACCGCAAUUGUUACCUCAUACAAGCAAUAGAAAUAAAAAAUUCCACAAGAUUUUGAGAUUGAAUAUCAACGAGGCGUGUGUCUUGAACUCUGCUGAACGUGUCCCAUAUUUGCUUUUGAUAGAGUACUUGAGUGAUGAAUUUGAUUUCAACCCGUUUACCGAGUAUAAUCAAAAAUUGAUCACUGAGAAAUUGCAAUCACGAGAAAGUAAAAAUAGUCCAGAUAUUUCCGCCAACACGACUAUUGAUAAUGGUAAUAAUAUCAAUAAUAUUAAUAGUAACAACACUAUUAAUAACAGCAAUAACUUUGAUCAGGAAUCAAUAACCUCAGAUGCACAAAGCUCUUUCAUUGCUGGUGUUGGUGGUGAUGAUGGCAAAUUUUUGCCCUUGGAUGAAACCGAUUUGGGCGAGUUAUCAAUUAUUGAUUCCCAUGUCAUAAGUGGGAAUCGUAGUCGUUCGCAAUCGGGCAAUUUUUCACCCGGAGGCAGUAAUUCAAUUGCGUCUGGAUCUUUACCCGCUGCCCCACAGUCCUUAAACGCGGCAGAUACAACACUGUACCUUGCUGACCAAAUGCGGAUUGCAUCACUUAUGCUUCAGCAACUUGAGAACUCAGGACAGGCCAACUCGCAACAAUUUCUUUCGAUAAAAACUCGUAUUAUUGAUUCAAUGAUUUCACUUCAGGACCGUUUUGAAAGUAUUGACUAUGAGAAAAUGAAGGAGUUGAGAACAGAUGAACAAGGUGCAGGCCAAAGGAAACUUGAAAAUGAUUUCAAAAUUGGUGAGGAUUGGGAGGCCAAGAAACGGCGUAUUAGAAAGGCAAGUGCCUAUGGCCACUUGAAGAACUGGGAACUAUGCAGUGUUAUUGUUAAGAAUGGAGAUGACUUGCCACAGGAGGCAUUUGCAUGUCAGUUGAUAAUUUUGAUCUCCAAUAUAUGGAAAAAGUAUGGUAUCCAUUUCUGGACCAAAAAGAUGAAAAUUCUCAUUACAAGUGCCAAUGCGGGCCUAGUUGAGACAAUCACAAACUCAAUGUCAAUUCAUUCGAUAAAGAAAUCGUUAACUGAACUAUCUAUAGCAAGUGGCGAGAAUUCCAAGGGUAGAAUCUUUACGCUUCGUGAUUAUUUUGAAAAACUCUUUGGCCCACCUUCGAGUCGUGCGUAUAGACGUGCCCAAGGAAAUUUUGCAACGAGUCUUGCGUCGUACUCUGUUAUUUGCUAUGUUUUGCAAAUCAAAGAUCGUCACAAUGGUAAUAUAAUGAUUGACCACGAAGGCCACAUCAUUCAUAUCGAUUUUGGUUUUCUUUUGGGUAAUUCGCCAGGCUCAAAUAUCGGGUUUGAAGCGGCACCAUUCAAACUCACCACAGAAUACAUUGAUUUGUUGGGAGGUAUGGAGUCUGAACAUUAUCAAACAUUUGUUAGUGUAUUCAAAGAUUGUUUCCGUGUUUUGAGGAAAGAAUGGACACAGAUUGUGAGUAUUGUUGAACUAAUGCAGAAGGAUUCAAAUUUACCAUGUUUCAAUAAUGGAGAUAACACAAGUGUAUUGUUGAAACAAAGACUUCAACUACAGUUAUCUGAUGACGACCUUGAUGCUUUUGCAGAGACGUAUCUUAUAAAUAAGAGUUUGAAUAGUCUUUACACGAGAUGGUAUGAUCAGUUCCAGUUGAUCACCCAAGGAAUCUUUGCAUAG